AUGAGCGGCACCACCACCACACAACCAUCGAGCUUGUGGACAUGGCGGCAGCAAGCAACCUCCAACACGACGGAGAAGGGCGGCGACAAGCAAGCUCCAAAAGCGGUGCAGUGGUGCCCCGGCAUGCGCUUCAAGAUGGCGUUCGAGACCGAGGACUCGUCGCGGAUCAGCUGGUUCAUGGGCACCGUCGCCGGCAUCCACGCCGCCGACCCCAGCCGCUGGCCGCAGUCGCCCUGGCGCCUCCUCCAGGUGACCUGGGACGAGCCGGAGCUGCUCCAGAACGUGAAGCGCGUGUGCCCGUGGCUGGUGGAGCUCGUGUCGAGCAUGCCCAACCUGCACCUGCCGUCCUUCUCGCCGCCGCGCAAGAAGCCGCGGAUCCCGUCCUACGCUGACUUCCCCUUCGAGGGGCAGCUCUUCCACCCGCCGCCGCCGCCGUUCCCGCCCGGCCACCACCACCAGCAGGACCAGCUCCUGCACCACAGCUUCCCAUUCUUCCCCUUCCCGGACAGCAAUGGUGCUCCUCUCGCAGGGAUACAGGGAGCCAGGCAUGCGCAAUUCGGUCCGUCCUUUUCGGAUCUCCACCUCAGCAACCUGCAGUCGAGCCUGCUCUACGCGGGUGGCGCCGUCCGCCGCCCCGCCGCCGACCACGUCGCUCCUCGCGCACCAAGAACCAUCAGCACCGACCUGACGAUCGGCACCUCGCCCGCCCGCGAAGACGACACCACCACCACGCGCGCCCCGACAAAGAAGGCCGGCGGCGACGUCGUCAAGCCGGCGCCGACCCUGCUGCUCUUCGGGCAGGCGAUACUGACCGAGGAGCAGAUGAAAUCCAGCAGUACCGGCGGCGACGCCGCAACCUCGCCGGUGGCCGGCGGAUGCGGCUCGCCCAACUGGGACGCGGAGAAGGCGCCCAACCUCUCGGAGGGCUCCGGGUCGGGCUCCGGCGUGAUCCAGGGCAGCCCAAGCAACAACAACAACACGUCCUCCUGGAGGCUGCAGUGGUUCGGGGACAGUAGCAGCCAGGCGGCGCCGGAGCUGCUGGGGCUGGAGGCCGGGCAGUGCAAGGUGUUCGUGGAGUCGGACGCCGUGGGGCGCAACCUGGACCUGUCGGCGCUGAGCUCCUUCGAGGAGCUGUACGGCCGCAUGGCGGAGAUGUUCGGCAUGGAGUGCGCUGAACUGAGGAACCACGUGCUCUACCGCAGCGCCGCCGGCGAGGUGAAGCACAUCGGCGAUGAGCCUUUCAGCGCGUUCGUGAAGUCGGCCCGGAGGCUGACGAUCCUGACGGACGCCGGCAGCGACAACAUCGGGGGCUGA